AUGUGGACGCCGCUAUGUGCCCGGUGCCGCUUACGCAUCUCUUGGCCGACAGCACGCAGCCUGCUGGGAACCACGUCGCAAUUGGUGCAGCCUGGCAGGCCGGCCAUUGCAAGCCGAUUCUUCGCCAUGCGAAUUCCCACCAGUCGUCAGCAAUUCCAGCGAGAUGUUCCGGAGGACAUCCAGCCCAUCUCCAUCGCAAUUGUUGGCCGGCCAAACGUGGGCAAGUCCACUUUGUUCAAUCGCUUGCAGUCUGGUACGCGACGGAAGAAGAAGGACUUGGACCACAGAGCCAUUAUCAGCGAGCGCGCAGGCACCACGCGCGAUCGCAAAGAUGCACUAGCAGUGCUCUAUGGGCUUCUGCUUCGAGUCAUUGACACCGGGGGUCUGGAGAGCCCGACGGAGACCUCCGCAAAUACGCUACUGCAGUCCAUGCAAGAGCAGGUGUGGAAAGCGAUCGCGGAGGCGCAUGCGAUCCUUUUCCUCAUCGAUGCACAGGAGGGCAUCACGCCGAGCGAUCUUGCGAUUGCUAAGAUGCUGCGAGAAGGUGCAGGGAAUGCAGAUCGUUAUCGGGACCUCUUCAAGACGGAGACGCCCCGGGACGUUCCGAUCAUCCUCAUCGCCAACAAGGCGGAGAACACCUUCAUCGGCCCCUACUUGAACGACUGCUACGAGCUUGGGGUGGGAGAUCCGGUGAUCAUCUCGGCAAAGAAGAAUCAAGGUAUGGAUGACCUCCAUGACCGGCUCCUCCUGGAGGUCGGACAUCUCCAGCACCGGGAAGAGGAGAACCCUGGCACCGCAUUCAUGCAGACCGACGAAGAUCGCAUGUACUUGGAAGGCCUUGAGAGCCAAGAGCAGACGGAUGGAGAAGGUGACGAGGAAGAGGCAGAGGCCGAUUUCGAGGAGGAUGAGGAAGUCAGUGGGCCCAGCGACUCAGAGAGCGGCCUGCCGACAGGACCCACUUUGCCGUGGCUCACGUUGGACAUGCCAGAAGAGAAGUGGAAGUCACUGAGAUACUAUGCACAUCAUCCCGCUGACCCUCUUGGUGCACUGGACCCGGGGCUCAAAGCUGCUGUGAUGCAUGAUGACGGCAGGCGGAUUGGCAAGUAUUGGCUGGAUGCUCCCCAGCGCUCACUCCCGACCAAAGAGGCAAGGGACUACGUCCUUCAGCAGCGGCGGGCUGAAGAGAUGGAGAACGCCAUGAAGGUGGCGAUCAUCGGGCAGCCAAAUGGUGGAAAGUCCAGCAUCAUCAACGCACUCCUCCAGGAAGAGCGUUGCGUGGUGGACGAAGCCGAUGGCACCACUAUGGAUUCAAUCGUCACCAACUGGACGUUCAAAGAGCAUCCCGUGAAGCUAAUUGACACGUGUGGGAUCUACCGCGGAUGGCAGUACUCCGGUACAACUGCAGAGUUUGUGCAACCCGGCAUGGGCACACGCAAAGCAAUUCGACGAGCGCACGUUUGCGUGCUUUGCCUGGAUGCCCACCGCUACUCCAAGAUGACGCACAACAGCUGCCCGAACAAAUUUGAAAUCAACUUGGGCAACUUUGUCGCGGACGAAGGCAAGUGUUUGAUCAUCGCCAUCAACAAGUGGGACCUCAUUCAUGAGAACGACCAGCCCAAGUAUCGCGAGGAUAUCCUGAAAAGAAUCACGGAUUGCUUCUCCUCCAUCAAGGGGGUUCCUGUCGUGUUCCUUUCGGCCAAGUACAACCUGAACUUGCCGAUGCUCAUGACCCGCAGCCUGGCUCUCUACAAGAGGUGGAGCGCGCGGCUGCCGACCAGCAGGUUGAACAGCUGGCUCCAGGCCUGGAUGCUGCGCUGGCCUCCGCCAUGGCGGAACGGACAGAA